UUGUUAAAGUUUACCUUGUGAAGUUCCUCAGCAGACUGAGCACCUGCAGAAAAUGCAAACUUUGUUGCUUCACCACCUGUUGCUGCCAUCUUGUGUAAGGAAACCUACCAAGACUCAGCAGGAGGCAGAAAGGACAGUCUUAACGAACAACUUUUGACAAACUGGAAAUGAGGGAAGAAGGGGAGUGAUCACGCGUGUGGCAGCGUUUUUUCCUGAUCAGUAAUAGGCACAGCGUUUUGAUCUCAAACACAAGCUACGUUUCAAGUGGCACAGCAUCCAUUGAAUUAUCUCACUGGAUAUUUAUUUUCAUCUUGGUUUGGUAAAUGCAUAAGAAGAAUUGCUUGAAAUUAUAAUGGAUUUUGAGUGGUACCAUCAAGAAAAUAGGCCUUAUAAUAAAUUUUAUGUCUGACAAGUUGUACAACUUUUUACAUAAAACAAUGACCACCACUCAUAUGAAUGGACACGUAACAGAAGAUUCAGACAGUGAAACAAAAAAUGUGGAUCUUGCACCUUUUGAAGAGCCUCAGAAGCAUAGAGAAAUGGCUGUUGAUUGCCCUGGUGAUCUGGGCACCAGGAUGAUGCCGCUACGGCGAAGUGCUCAGCUUGAGCGAAUUCGACAACAGCAGGAGGACCUGAGGCGAAGGCGGGAAGAAGAAGGAAAGAAACAGGAACUGGACCUAAAUUCUUCUAUACGGCUAAAGAAACUAGCUCAGAUUCCUCCCAAAACUGGAAUAGACAACCCUAUGUUUGACACAGGAGAAGGAGUUAUUCUGGAGAGCCCACACUGUGCUGUGAAAGUCUUAGAAGUUGAUGAGCUGCUGUCUUCUCUUAAACAUGUCCAGCACACUCUGGUAGAUCCCCAAAGCCAAGAGGAAAUUGCUCUAAUAUUGCAGCUAGUCCAAAACACUGAUUUUCAAAAUGCGUUUAAGAUACACAAUGCCGUUACAGUUCAUAUGAACAAAGCCAGUCCUCCAUACCCUGUAAUCUCCAAUGCACAAGAGCUUGCACAAGAGGUACAGUCUGUGUUGAAACCAAGCCAUCAGAAAGAUGGGCUAGAACUUAAUUCUUUAUUGAAUGCACCUCAUAUUCAGGCACUGCUGUUGGCUCAUGAUAAAGUUGCUGAGCAGGAAAUGCAACCUGAGCCAGUAACAGAUGAAAAGGUUUAUGAGAAUGUUGGUCUCUAUGGAGGAGAGACAGUUAAAAUAGUUCGCAUUGAGAAGGCAAGAGAUAUUCCAUUGGGUGCUACGGUACGCAAUGAAAUGGAUUCGGUCAUCAUCAGUCGAAUAGUGAAGGGAGGUGCUGCAGAAAAGAGUGGACUGUUGCAUGAAGGCGAUGAAGUUCUGGAAAUUAAUGGAAUUGAAAUUCGUGGAAAAGAUGUCAAUGAAGUUUUUGACUUGCUGGCAGACAUGCAUGGCACUCUGACCUUUGUGCUGAUUCCCAGUCAGCAGAGCAAACCACCACCUACUAAGGAGACUGUGAUCCACGUGAAAGCUCAUUUUGACUAUGAUCCAUCUGAUGACCCCUAUGUCCCUUGCAGAGAAUUAGGCCUAUCCUUUCAAAAGGGAGAUAUACUCCAUGUAAUUAGCCAGGAAGAUCCAAACUGGUGGCAGGCUUAUCGAGAUGGAGAUGAGGAAAAUCAGCCUUUGGCAGGCCUCAUUCCAGGAAAAAGCUUUCAGCAGCAGAGGGAAGCCAUGAAACAAACUAUAGAGGAAGAUAAAGAACCAGAAAAAUCAGGGAAACUUUGGUGUGCAAAGAAAAACAAAAAGAAACGGAAAAAAGUUUUGUAUAAUGCCAAUAAAAAUGAUGAUUAUGACAAUGAGGAGAUUUUGACUUACGAGGAAAUGUCACUUUAUCACCAACCAGCAAAUAGGAAACGACCGAUCGUCUUGAUCGGACCACAGAACUGCGGCCAGAAUGAACUGCGGCAGAGGCUAAUGAAUAAUGAAGUUGAUCGGUUUGCUUCUGCAGUUCCUCAUACAACACGGAAUAGGAGAGACACUGAAGUAGCUGGCCGAGAUUACCAUUUUGUGUCACGACAAGUAUUUGAGGCUGACAUAGCAGCUGGGAAGUUUAUUGAGCAUGGUGAAUUUGAGAAGAAUCUGUAUGGCACUAGCAUAGACUCUGUCCGGCAAGUGAUCAAUUCUGGAAAGAUAUGUCUCUUAAAUCUUCAUACACAGUCAUUGAAGAGCUUACGUAAUUCAGACUUGAAGCCAUAUAUUAUCUUCAUUGCACCACCUUCUCAAGAGCGGCUUCGUGCGUUACUAGCCAAAGAGGGCAAAAAUCCAAAGCCUGAAGAACUACGAGAAAUCAUAGAGAAAACAAGAGAGAUGGAACAAAAUAAUGGCCAUUACUUUGAUACUGCAAUUGUUAACUCUGAUAUUGAUAAAGCAUAUCAAGAACUACUUCGUUUAAUUAACAAACUUGAUACAGAACCUCAGUGGGUCCCAUCCUCCUGGCUACGGUAAAAGAACAGUUGCAAGGCAAAGGAGGACUUGGCCAAUAGAAGACUGACUCAUCUGUGAUGUUAGAUAAUAGGUUAAGCUCUAGCCCUCUGGGUACAUGAUAAUCAGUGCAAAAAAAUAUGCAAACAGAACCGUUCUGGUGUGAUUAGGAUAUAGGAGCUUUCACCACCUUUUGACCAGACAUAGAUGGUCUGGACAAGCCACUACCUUUUUAAAAAUCAUUUGAGUUAGCCUUUCAAGCAGCUGCUUUAAAUUACAUUUUCUGUUUAGAAUUUUUGCAUAGAACUUGGCAGUUAUAGCAAGUUGUAUGUGUACAAUCCCUGAUUGUUAUAAAUAUUGGUUAUUAUUUAAUACUUAACUUAAUGAUCUUGCAGACAUGACUGUAGUUUGCAAAUAUAGCUUUACAGAAUAUUCGAUAGAAGAAUUAAUCUGAAUUCUCUCUCAAUUGUCAAAGGGGAAACUUUGAUCUGGAGUUGCCCUGUUAAGCUUGAAUUUGUUAGAUAAAACAUUCCAUUGUCUAAUAGCACUGCAGUUUUGAACAGAAAAUAUGUACAAUGUAAAUAUUUUAACCUUUUGUCUUUAGUUAUUUUGUAAAUCAGAUUUGACAGCUUAUUAAAUAACCCUAAAUCCUACAGGACAUGAAUUAUAUAUAAGUUGAUAUUUUAGAUGUGAUAUUUUUAAACUUAUCGGUUGGCCGCCACUGUUAUCCUACGGCACUGUAGAAAAAUUUAGAAGGGAAAGGUUAUAUUUUUAUGAAAAAAAUUCUUAUAUGGAUUUUUUAAAAAAGGAUUUGCUUCCUUAUAAUGUAAAAUGUCUUUUAUAACCAAGAAAAUAGACUUUGGAUUGAAGAACAUUAGAAUAUUUUCUUGUAUUUUUUUACCCAGGUACAAAUGUCUCAUGGCUGUUUGUCAUGUAGGUAGCUAAUUGGAGUUAAUUAAAUCAGGUUAUUACCCUUGAUACUGUAAAACAAAAAAAGAUGGUGAGAGAAUGUGAAAACUCCUAAAUUAGAAACUUGGUGUCUUGUCUUUUUAUAGAACCAGCAUCUAUGUGCAAUUGAAAAUACCUUUAAAAGUUCCAAUAUUAUGUCUGUUACGUUUAUGAAGCAUCUGCAAGCAUAGCUGCUUCUUGAAAUUAAUUAGUUUUGUGGCUUCUUUUCUGCUGGCAUCCUUGAAUGUGAAUAUUGAUAGUUUGUUUUCAGUCAUAGCUUAUUUUUAUAUGCAGUCAUACACUGGAGGUUACUUCGACAUAUAUGAAUAUAACUAAUAGUUGUCUUUCUAGGUUUCAUUUUUCUUUUUUCUGUGAAAGAUUCAAUGGGACAAAUCUAAAGAUUGAUACCCUUUUCAGUGUUCACAGCUGAACAUAUUAUUCAUUGGUAUAAGAAGUGUGUAAAAAAUUUAGUUCUGACUUUUAAUUGACUGGAAAAAAAUUCACAAAUGUUAAGAAUCUAUGUAUCCACCGUGGGGGAAGAGAGAAGAGAAAUUUAGAAGCACACAGAGGCUUUGCUGCUAUGUACACAAAUGGUCUUACAAUACAAGAAGUUUAUAAAGCGAUUGUGAAAUCAUUCAAAUGUGCCUGCAUCCAAUACAGCCUUUGGGUUAGAAAUAGAAAUGACAGAGAAUAGGCUAUGUGUCACUGAAAAGCCAGUGAGUAAUAAUUUGCCUAGAGUGCCAGGUGACAAGGGUUUUUUUUAAUAUGAUUUUAGGCACCGGCAUUAAGACAUUGUGGGCCAGUGCAGAUCUAGUAGUUCCCACUCCUUAACAUGCUUUAAAAUCAGAAAUGACCUGAGGCUUACACAUGCCUUUCCCUUCCACAUCUCACACAAACUCCACUGGCACACAUGUGUGCGCACACACCCUUAAUGAUAGUGGUUCAACCUUUCUACACCAGUUGUUAUCCAUGGUUAGUGCAAAUCAGGGCAAGUUUAAAACUUGGCAUUUGAAAUUGAUUACAAACAUACUCUGGUGAAAGAUUAAUCAUGAUUUUAAAGUUAAUGUUAGUGCAGAUAUGAAGAAUUAUGUUUAAGGGCAGUAUAAUUUGUGCACAGGAGGUUAAGGGAGAGAGUAUGCAAGGCUGCAACCUUUCCCCAAUACUUAACCGAUAGGGUGGAAAAAAUGCUGUAUUUCUACUCCUGUUCUUGGAGUUGCUGGUGUAGGUAUUGCUCAUCCUCUCUAAGAGGAUGAUUCUGAUUUAUGAGACUUAAAUUUAUAAUUACUUUGGUAGCCAUGAGAAAAAAUUCUGAAAACUUACUGUAUUGUAAAUUAGAUGUGACCAUUGUCAUUUAACUCGAUUGUAAUUUAUGAUGAAAUGCUGCAAUUGGUAUACCAUACCAUCAGUAUGUUAAGCAAUAAACCCCUUUUUGUUUAAUUAUAACCUUUUGAAUUCUUGAGAGAAUACAACUGAAUUGAAAUCAAUCCAUUCUUCUGCUGAAGCGUAUUAUGGAGAAGGAUGUUUUCUUACCUUGUCACAGAAAGAAAAUGUUCUUUUGUGUUUGGAUAAGGGAAGAAAAUGAAAAAUUUGUUCCGAAGACUAUAGUAUUCUAUUUUAUAUUAUAAAGAGGGAGGAAAAGAGUUAGAAAAAAUAAUUCCUUUACUCAUGGGUCCCUGUUAGCAAACCAUGAAUGUAAUUGUGUUUAAAUAUGAAGAGUUAACAGAAGGGUUUUAUGCCUUGACCUGUGGGUAGCCCUGGGUUGUAGCUUGUUAGAUACCAUAUACUCUAUUUUGAGAUGUUAACUGCACACUAAUGUAAAAAUGUAAAAUACUUCUCAGCUUCAAAUAAACCACUAUAAAUUUAUCUCUUAGCUUAUGUCUUUCCCUCGUACCAGCAACCCAGCAUGCAGGCCAUCAAGCCAUCAAAAGAUGGCUGCAGCAGGGACACUGUAGUGUUGGUACGAAGUUAAGAGUUGCACCAGGAUUACUCCAUGUAAUCCUGGUGCAUGUCAUCUGUGUUGUAGCUGUCGCAGCAACUGGUGAUAGACUGCCAAAACACACAGAUAGAAGCCAACUUUAGCCUCAAAAACUCCUACCAUUCAGCUGCACCAGUGUUAUACCAUGGGCCUGAUGUUCUGAAGUAAACUGUUAACAAAUACUGUUGUAGCUCAUUGCUCUCAAAACAAUGAAAAUACCAGACUGCACAGAGCAUGUUGUACUUACGAAGCAUUUUCUCACCAUCUCUUAGCUAGCUCAUAAAAGUACUUGUACCAGUAUGCUUAUCUAAGUAUCAAAAAGUCAUUUUAAUAGAGGGAACUGGAAAGCCCACAGAUGACAAUAGAAGAACAGACUCAUGUUGCUUUUGCAUUCACUCAAUCUAGGACUGUAAGAAGUGUAAGAAUAAUGAUAAUAAACUACUUGCUGAAUUCCAA